AGGGGUCUUUGACAGCUGCUGGGAACUUAUAGUCUAAUGGGUUUCUACCUGGCUUGCUAAAGCUUUGCCUUACACUCAUCCUCACAACAAAUCAACAGCCUAAUCUGGCAAGCUACAAGUUCUGAAUGUUUUGAAUUGCCACUAUCUGCCCUAUAUGGUGGAUUCAAACAGACAGAAAUCAGGCAUUUUGUGCAGGAUUGAAAUCAGAAUUCUAAACUUGAGUGUGCAGCUGAUGCCACAGAGGACAAUAUUGGUGUCUAGUAAAACGUGACUUUGGACCAGGCUAAGGAGCGACACAACAGGUGACGUCAUGCCAGUUGUUUUGGUCCGCCCAACCAAUCGAACGCGCUGCUUGGAUUCUACAGGAGCCGAAAUGGGUCCUUCCACGCCCCAGCAGGACUUCCCCAUCCCUACCGUAACGCAUUGCGCUGGGUGCACUGCCCGUUCCUCCUGGUGCUUUAACAACUCUGACAUGGAAACCCCAUUGCAGUUGCAGCACGAUUUUUUUCAGGAGCAGCAGGAGCAGCAACAUCAACACUAUCAACAUCAGUACCACUGCCAGGACCAGGAACAUCAGUUUCUCCAGCAGCAGGGCGAUCCAUGCUUCACAUGCAACAACUGUCCUUAUGGUGCGGGGGAUAACUUGAUUCUUCUGCGGACUUCACCCCCUUUAACGGGAGUCUACAGGACUAAUUCAUCGCCUGUCUCCUCUUCAAGCUACAGCAGUCAGCUAAACGUUAGCGAGUUCACGCCUUCCAACCAUGCCAGUUCAUCCAGACACCACCACCACCACCACCACCACCAGCAAUACCAGCAAUGCCACAGUAGGCAGCAGGGUAGCCCCACAAGCAACAGCAGAGAUAGUAACCCAUUCACCGAAAUAGCCAUGAGCAGCUGCAGGUACAACGGUGGAGUGAUGCGGCCGCUAAGUAACCUUAGUUCUUCCCGCAGGAACCUGCACGAGUUGGACUCCGAGUCGCAGCCUUUGCAACCCAUCUCCACCACUGCUGGCGCCCCAGAGAUCGUGGUUUCCAAACCGGAGCAAAACAACUCCACUAACCUGGUGUCCUAUGGAUCAGGCGGUGGAGGUAGCAGCAGUGGGAAUAACAAGUCGAGCAAAAAGAAAAACCAGAACAUCGGCUAUAAGCUUGGGCACAGGAGAGCGCUCUUUGAGAAAAGAAAACGACUCAGCGACUAUGCUUUGAUCUUUGGGAUGUUUGGGAUAGUGGUCAUGGUUAUAGAAACUGAACUUUCGUGGGGAGCAUAUGAAAAGGGGUCGCUGUAUUCAUUAGCUCUAAAAUGCCUUAUUAGCCUUUCCACGAUAAUUCUGCUUGGUCUGAUUAUUGUAUACCACGCAAGGGAAAUUCAGUUGUUUAUGGUGGACAAUGGUGCGGACGACUGGAGAAUAGCCAUGACAUACGAGCGGAUUUUCUUUCUCUGUUUGGAGAUAUUAGUGUGUGCUAUUCAUCCGAUUCCUGGGAACUAUAAAUUCACAUGGACAGCUCGCCUUGCCUUUUCCUACACGCCGUCCACAGCAAUAGCUGAUGUGGAUAUUAUAUUAUCAAUACCAAUGUUCCUAAGACUGUAUCUUAUUGCCAGAGUCAUGCUGUUGCACAGCAAACUUUUUACUGAUGCCUCAUCACGAAGCAUUGGAGCACUGAACAAAAUAAACUUCAAUACCCGUUUUGUAAUGAAGACAUUAAUGACAAUAUGUCCAGGAACAGUAUUGUUGGUUUUCAGCAUCUCAUUAUGGAUAAUAGCUGCAUGGACCGUCCGAGCUUGUGAAAGAUACCAUGACAACCAAGAUGUCACUAGCAACUUUUUGGGAGCGAUGUGGCUCAUUUCAAUCACAUUUCUGUCCAUUGGAUAUGGGGACAUGGUACCACAUACAUACUGUGGCAAAGGAGUUUGUCUUCUUACUGGAAUUAUGGGAGCUGGCUGCACUGCUCUGGUGGUAGCUGUGGUUGCGAAGAAGUUAGAACUAACCAAAGCUGAAAAACAUGUGCACAAUUUUAUGAUGGACACACAGCUAACUAAAAGAGUGAAAAAUGCAGCUGCCAAUGUACUCAGGGAAACAUGGUUAAUAUACAAAAACACAAAGUUAGUUAAAAAGAUAGACCAUGCACGAGUGAGGAAACAUCAACGGAAAUUCUUACAGGCCAUUCACCAAUUAAGAAGCGUAAAAAUGGAACAACGAAAGCUGAAUGAUCAAGCAAAUACUUUGGUGGACCUGGCUAAGACACAAAAUAUCAUGUAUGACAUGAUUUCGGACUUAAACGAAAGGGGUGAAGACUUUGAGAAGAGGGUUGUUAACCUGGAAACUAAACUAGAAACAUUAAUUGGGAGCAUACAAGCUCUCCCUGUACUGCUUAGCCAGACAAUUGGCCAACACCAGAGAGAGUUCCUCGAAGUUCAAAUGCAAUCCCACGACAAGCAAGUUUCCUGCAGUGCUGAGCGAUCACGGUCCUUAUCCAGACGAAGGAGGUCCUCUUCAACGGCACCGCCAACUUCAUCAGAGAGCAGCUAGUUGACUAAUAUACCCACAAGAUAAAGACUUUUUGCCAUCAUAUGGUCAAUAUUUUAGCUUUUAUUGUAAAGCCCUAUGGUUUUAAUCAGUGUUAUCCGGGUUCUGAUGUCAGAAUCCAGGGAACCUGAACAAAAAUGUUUUAGGCCAAAACAAGUGAGAAUUUUUUUUUUUUUCCAGAUGCACAGUGAAUGCACCUACCACUGCUAUAUAGAUUGUUUCUUCUGUAAUUACACUACCUUUUUAUUCAUGCACUUCAAUGAACUUUACUAUUAUAUAAAAUAUAAUAAAAUUAAUUUCUGCAUAGUUUUUUGGUCAAAUUUGGAGUUCAGAUGAGUUCAGAAGUAUUAAAGGUUUGUAUAAUGAUCGUCAAAGAAAUCAAUAACAAUUGUUAAUUUGCUGUUGUUUUGAUGAAACAAUUCUAAAGGGAAACAAAUUAUGGAAAAUCAGUAAAACAUAUAUAUAUUAUUUAACGAAAGGGAAUAACCCAGAAAACAAGGUUUGGAGCAAGAAAAGAAAGGCCGGAUAUAGAUCUUAUAUCAGUAUGCUGAUGAUUUUGGACAAAGAGAUAUUCCCUGUUUUAACUGAUGUUUGUUCUAGACAUGGAGCUCAACACUUUGACUCACACUGCUUGUGCAUUCACAGGCCUGCCCUUGAUUCUUUCAGCUGGAGGCUUGCCAUAAUUCUAAGGGACAGGCAAAAGCCCCCAUUCACUAAUUCCUAACUGAAGUCUUGCCUGAGACUAUUUUUUUCUUCUCUGUCUUCUUAGCACAUUAUUUUGCUCCAGUGGCCUUUUGCUAUAGUAGUCUUUUUUUAUAUUAUUAAAGUUGACUUCAACUGAAGACGGCUUUGAAAGCAAGUCCUAAACUGAGUAAACAUUCCCACAUAAUUGUUACUUUAAACCUGCAGUAUUCCACCUAUCAUAGAUGGUUAGGUUGCCUCCAUUUUGACUGAAUGACUCAGCUCCGGCACUCAUCUGGACCUAGUUUAAUUGGGUUUGGACUGGAAGGUCUAUUGUUGAUGUCAUAAGAUUUGCGUAUAACGCUCUCCUAGUAACCAUAAGGCACACCUGGAGGUGGUGAUAUCACCACCGAAUUGCCGAGGCAUCCAGGCAGCUGCAAAUACAAUAGGGCCAUUGCCAGAACUGAGUCAUACAAAGAAACAUUCAAAUUUGGGAUUUUCAUUUAAAUUAGAUUAAAGAGCAAGUAGCAGGGUUCCACAUGUUGCUACAACUGUUUAAAUACCGUAUCUGUAAUUUUUCUUUUCCUUGUUAACAUCCUGACAACUUUUUAUACUUAUUACUUUAAAGUCUGUUUCAAAGCUCUUUUCAAAAUGGCCACUCUAGUGCACUAAUACAGCAAAAACUAUCCAUGAUGUGGUACGGAAAAGAAAAGCCAGAGCACUUGUUAUGUUUUUUUUUUUAAAUCUUCUUGCAGUAAUUUACUCUCAAACCCCAGUGCACUAGAAAAGAUCUUUGAAACAGACUUUAAAGUUAUAUGUGUACAAAGUUAUCAGGAUAUUAACGAUGAAAAGAAAAAAUAGUGGUACAUUAUUUAAGCAGUUGAAGCAACAGGUGGGGACGUAUAACGCUAUAUUUUUCAGAACCACACUACUUACUAUUUAAGAGCUUGGAAACAACACAGAUCUCCAAUUACAAGAGGUAUUUUCAAUCUUGUAGUGUUUUGCUAAAAUGGACAAAUUGUUCUAGGAAGCCUUCUCCUUUCUGUAUUUCUUGGUUUAAUGGCAAUUUUCAGUCCAAACACUGCACAAAGAAGUUAAAUCCUGUGCAAGGGUGAUCAUUGAUUUCCUUUAAUGUGCAUCUCUGAUGCUUAUUGACAGCUCUGCUCAUUCACUGUGAACUUAAAUAAAAUGCAUGCAUCUCCUUGGGGACUGCAACAAACAUUUUAGCUGAAUUAACAACGUUUUCAGUGAACAGGAAAAUGCUUUAAUUGGUGAAAGCCCACAUGAUUUGUUCUUUCUUUAACAUGGAGUCCCAAUACUACGGUGUGGUAAAUACACACUAUAGCUUUUGAUUUCUCUAGUGUAUGAAAUGGAACUAGCGUAAGAUAAUAAAAACAAAACCAGUCAAUCACUGGGGCAACUGUGAGGACUGCCACAAAAGAGAGCAAAGUAUUCAUCUUUAAACUUUAGCAAGACCUCAGUUUCGGGUCUCAUUCAGUCACACAGUACCUAAACA